AGGGCUUGUUUCGUAACAACUCGUUAAGCUCCAGUUGGUUCGGUUAGCGCGAAAAUGAAAUUGUCUGAUUGCUUAUAAUUCAUGAAAUUCCGUUACGCACGAAAUAUCCGCUACCAGGGUAACAUCUUCCAACUAAACACAAGACAACGCCCGAUCGCUUGAAACAAUAAAGAACGAAUUAGUGACUGAAAAACGGCGCAACAUUUCGUAGCGCCUUUUUCCACCCACCCUGUUUAUGUGCACGCUUCCACCAUUCAUUAAAAAGUGAAACUUGGACUAUUCAUGUAAACAUGAAAACAUUUUUAAAUAAUCUGUUGACUGCGUCUCUGGUACUUCUUGUUACAGUUGCUUGUGCAAAAGGUGUCCAAAUAUGUGAACAAGUGUUAGAAAAUUGUGAAGGAAACGGUUGCGUCAAAUCGAUUACAUGCUACCAUGGGGAUUGCAACGAAGCGGGACGAUGCGAGUGUGACCUUUGUUGGCGUGGGGACAAUUGCAAUGAAUAUGUGGACAAUUACCUACCGGAAUUCAACAAGGAAGAAGACACGGCUAUAGUGAGUGAUUCAUGGAGUGCAGAUACUGUAUAUACAGCACAGGCUUACGACGGAGAUCUUGGUUCUACGUGUCCCCAAGAUGCUCUCAUAUGUGACUGUGCGGAAUCCAGAUACUCGAUCACAGCGGGUGAUCCCAAUAAACUAUUUUAUAUCAACAAUUUGACUGGUGAUGUCUAUGUUCGAGAAGCUUCCCAGGUUGUGUCUGGUAUGACCUACGAUUUGACCAUUACAGCCAGGAGUUCAAGGGGUCAGUUGAAUCCCUCACCAAAUGCUCAUUUACGGUAUGAUAGGGCUAUUAUAACUUUUGGUGAAGUGAAAAAUACGAACGAUGAUCCAGUACCUCUCGAAUUGAAAUUCUCAGUCACUCAAAUCAAAAAUCCUAGUACCGUCUUUGAUGCAAAGUACUUGGUGACAGCAGGAGCUGAGUACGACAAAGAAACAUACGUCUGGGUCGGACAGUCAGAAGUUACUGUUCAUAAUUCAACAGAUGAAAAACUAGUUGAAGUAGAUAUCGAUGGCCCUACAGAAAUUCCUCUGGACAGUGCUGGAGUUUACACCAUGAUUACUCAUUGUGCUGUUAAAUCGGAGAACUUUACUUUUGAGGUCAUUGCGCCGGAAGAAAGAGACGUGGUCACGGUUGGAAAUUUAGGGGUGAAAGAUUUUGACGUGAAUUAUGAUACGGUCCCCCAAAGUGUUUACUUCUACAACACAACUAAAAUAGGAUCCGAUGAUGACGUCAUCUAUACUUCCGCAGUUAUGAAUCUGGGUAUCAUGACUAAUGUUGGAAAUUAUCGAGAGCCCAGAGACAGGGGAAAUGUAAUUAAUGUUACGUUUGCAAUUUAUGCUCUGAACAAUGAGACAAACCUGGGAAAAGAGGUGAGCUUUGUCACCAAAGUUGUCGUUGGUAAAGAAGAGCUCUACAGCGCACCUUUCAAAGUGAAACUUGUGGAGAGGAAAAAAGCAGAUAAGAUGGUUACAGUUAGAUCUACUAAAGGUGAACUGACUACUACGGAAGUAGCAAUUGGAGACAUGGCUAUUUACACACUGUGGUCGAAUCUUACCAACUAUGGUUACGCUGAUUACGUCAUGGAAGUAGAUGUUCUUCGUGUCAAAGGUAUACCCAGGCUGGAGGCUUGUUCGGCGAGAUUAUGGAACUACAAAGGAAGUUUUGAUGUUCCUUAUUUAAAUACGACCUUCAUUGAUCCAGAAAUAACUGAUGGCGGAAAAUUUUUGUUCAAAUUUAACAGAAUACAUGUAACUGGGCAGAGAACACCAUCUAUUUAUAACGAUUCCAUGAUGUAUAUCCACCUCAUCAUGAAAAUAAGUGACUUGAGCGUAAAUAACGAGAAUACUCAACUGGCACCAAAAAUAAAGAUUGGUACUCAAGGCAAACCAGAACAUGAGGUGGUUGUUGCAGCUCUCACUAUUCAAAAGAAAGGUGAUUAUCAAUCUCCUGAUAUGAUUGUCGAAAAUGGUGUUGCUUGGCCUUACUUAUACCUCGGUGGAGCAGUUGUACUCAACAUUACCAUGCUUAUACCCAGAGGACAAGGGUACGCAGGUGUGUUUAUGGAAGCUUCCGGUGAGAAUAAUCCUCCACUUCCCGCAGUCCAUGUCUGCAGAACGGAAUUAAGUGAUGUUGGCCGAAAUAUACCCUGUCUUCGUAUGCAUCAGGACGAGGUCAACGCAAAUUUUACCAAAUAUUCUAAAACCGAUCCAAAGAAUCGUUUAAAGCCUGACAUGACGAGUAUCAUGCUGGGAGAUGUAGGAGCUUUGCCUGUCGAUGGAAAGAACUUUGCAAGAGUCUCUGUAGUUGUUGAAAUGCCAGAAGGCACCACAUUUAAGGAGGAUGAACAAUACCCCAUUAGCUCCGGCUUGUUGAUCUCUAAAAAUACAAUUUGGAGUGCGAUGGCCAACUAUACGAUGAAAAAGGCACCACCACCUGAUUUAGAAGAGAGUCAAUGGCCUGACGCUUCUGCUCACUACGAUGCUGAAAAAAAAAUCGUACCAGGUCAUUUGGCCGAAGUUGACAUUUGGCUGGACACAAAGAUACAAACCAUUUCCACCGUGGUGAUGGAAGUAGAAGGAACCACCAGAGAUAUCAGUCUUUGUGGUUUGAAGGUGAAAUCUUUCGGGAGGAACCUUCCAUGCGUGGAUAUGCAAACUGAACCUUUCUAUCAUCCACACGACAACCCCCUCGACGGUAAUAAAGUUGCAGGACUAAAAUUUUCUGCUUUAUCGAACGUAGGAUUCCGUUCAGAUCCCGACCAUGACAGGUUGGUGGCCAUCGCUCUUGUGAGAAUAGGACCUUCCUGUAAACAGCCGGAAACUACCCUGCAGUGGAGAGUGAAUUUUGGUGGCGGGAGCCGAAAAGGUGAAGUCAAAAUAAAAGUCGAUUUAGAAGCAGAUACCUCUAGUAAUACAAUGGCUUCCAAAGAGCCAAAAGCCCUGGCAUUUAAAGCUGCAUAUCCAAAUAAAGCCAUCUCCAUGGGCAGUCCAGUGGUUGUUGAUUUGGAAGUGUCUUUGGAACCUGGUUCCUUGGCACCUGUCGUUGUUGAACUUAAAAACACUGAUGCAAACAAGAGAUAUCCAUACGACAUGUGCCUUGGCGGUAUCUGGUUCAGGGGGAGAAAUUACCCAUGCUUCUCUCCUGUUCAAGUGGAGAGCAACUUUUCAUCAAGUGGUUCGGGUAACAACCGAAAUGACAGUGCCGUCUAUAAUCUUGGUCUAGUCUGUAAUACUUUCGUCGAUAAUCGGGAUGAAGAAAAUAAGGUUACCAUUCGAGUAGCAAUGAGACCACCGGAUGACGGUUCCUUGAAGAUUAAAGAUUCUUUCAGCUUAGAAGGCUUCGCCAGAGUGGGAUCACACGAAAAGAAAAUUGACACUGUUAAAUUCACCAUAGCUCGAGAGCCAGACCAAGUUGAAACUAAAGAUAAUGCUUCGCUCAAGUUAGUUCAUGCAGAACCCAUUCCAAUCAGAAUCCACCAGCGACUUUGGGUUCCAUUUAAUGUCACAAUACCUAUCGAUGCAAUUGUCAAAGUGGAAGUUGAGGCUAGAGCGCCCCAUAAAGAAAACAGAGCUAUUCUCACUGUACACAACAUCCGCCUGGUUUCCGGUGGUAUAAACAUUCCAUGUCCGAUGGUUUAUCCUCAGCCUAAAGUGGUUUUCAAUCCCACGGGUCCUACCACACAGAACGAUGUCAUUAGAGCUUACAUAGGAUAUUUCACGAAUUUAGGCUUGUCGCAUAAGAUGAAUAUGUUUCAAGACGGAGACGACGACUUAACAAUUGAAGUGGAGGUCGAAAUGACUGAUCAUCCUCUGACAGAUCAUGACAUGAUCUUUGAUCUCAGAUUCACGGCUGAAGUGGGAAAAGCUGUCGUCGACAUCGAUCAGCCCAUGAGAGUGUUGAGAGAUGGAACAGAGAGAGCAGAUCUAGAUGUCAGAAUACACGUCGAUAACAGAAAACCUUACCAGAGUGGGGAGCAAGUUAAUGUUACUGUGUCAGUCGUUCACAAGCUAGAGUCACGAGCCGAACCCAUCAAUGCCACAGUUCGUCUCUACCUUCCACCUUACGUCGAAUUUUUCGAUAAAACUUUCAACAAUGCCACAACUGUGGGAGCCGUGCAGUUCAUUCCCGAAUUCGGAGGACUCGAUAUUGUGCUUCCUCAAUUUUUAUUUUCGGAUUCUGCAACUAUCAUUGUCAGCUUAUUAGCUGAUCCUAAAAACGAGAGAGGUUUCGGUCGAGGGGAAGUCAAUGCCACGACACCUUACAGAGUUCUGUGUCUGCAGAAUUAUAGGGAAGAACCAUCAGCCAAUCCGGACACAGCUGAAACUAUCGUGAACUGCGGACCAGUAGAUUAUAUUAUGUACGUCGUGAACAGUCAAGCAAAAAAGCGAAUAAUGAGGAAAGUGGGAUGGAAACUUCCUCAAUUUUUAUUUUCGGAUUCUGCAACUAUCAUUGUCAGCUUAUUAGCUGAUCCUAAAAACGAAAGAGGUUUCGGUCGAGGGGAAGUCAAUGCCACGACACCUUACAGAGUUCUGUGUCUGCAGAAUUAUAGGGAAGAACCAUCAGCCAAUCCGGACACAGCUGAAACUAUCGUGAACUGCGGACCAGUAGAUUAUAUUAUGUACGUCGUGAACAGUCAAGAGUGUUACAAGCCGUUGGGUUUGGCGAGCCCAAAGAAAGUAUACAAAUGCCAACUCAGUGCUUCGUCUGCAGCCAAGAGAGAAACUGGACCUUACAAUAUACGAGCUAGUGGGAAAAAAGGAUGGUCACCUGCUCUGCGUCUUGGACCACACAAGCCAUACUUCCAAGUUGACUUCCUUCGAACGACUCGUGUAUCUAAACUGGAGUUCUUAAAGGUGGAGAACACAAGAUGCGUCACGAAAUAUCGACUUCAGUACAGCCAUACUGGCUCUGAUUGGCUAUAUGCAAAUGAGAUAACAGAGUUAGUGUAUAGGAAAGAUAAGGCUUUUGACAAUCUUGAGAAACCCAUUCAAACAAGAUUUGUGAGGGUAGUCGUGGAAGAAGCUGAAAAAUUAGAGGAAGAUAAAAUGUACAUAGGCUUGAAAAUGGAAAUGUACGGCUGCUACAUCGCCGAAAAACUACCUUCAGUAUCCUGUGCGAAAUUUGAUCCAACUUGGUAUUCUGAUGAUAAGAAUAAAUAUGGAAGACAUUUUUCAGUUGACACUGCUAGAGAUAUAGUCUAUUUCUGCGAUUUGGAAUAUGAUAUGGAGAAUUUGGUUUGCUUUGCCUCGACAGAUGCUGGAUCUUCUUGGAGAAUUUUACCAAGGAGUAUUGGUGGAAUAUUAGGAUGGGAUAAGAAGACAGGACGAACAUAUGCCUUCGACAAGAGGAAGCGAGCCAGCGUGGGCAGUGACGACGGCAUCAAUUGGAUUGCCGUUGAUGAAUUGGAAAUUAAUAGCACCUUAAUUCGAAAAACGUUCUAUAGAAGUGAACCUGUACCCGCUUUCACUGCAGAGGAUAUUGAAAUGCUCGAAUCAAAAACAGGACGCUGGGAAGCUUCAUUUGAUGGACUCAUGUAUGAAGGAAAAGCUGACCCAAGAGCUAGAUGGAGCAGGUGCUGCAAAUUGACAUCAAAAUGAAGAUAACUACAGGAAUUUAUUUUUAAUAAAGACAGCACAGAAAUUCACGAAUAGAAUAGAAUAAUUGGUUUUAUUCAGACUAGAACAAUGUUUUAUUCUUUUUAACACCUCAAAAAAAGAAAAAUUACUGCACCAAACCAUCAAGAUUCGUGAAAAAGUGUCGAACCGAAGAUUAGUUUAUUUUUACAAACCUUUCUUUUAACUAUUGACAGAUAUUUCCUAACUUAUAUCUACUAGUGUACUAAUGUCUUCGAAAUUUUUAAUAAAGGAAACAAUUUUAAUUUUAAAA